ACCCAGGGUAAGAUUGUAGCGCUCAGGGAGUGGCAGGCACCACGGUGAGACCGCUGCUGUGUAUUUGAUAGACUGGGCGGGGCUGGGACGCAGGCGGGACCCGUGGGGACGCGAGCCCCGGCGCCUAGAUGCCCAGACAGAAGCGACCGCGGGCUCGGCUUGGCCACGACCUCUCAGCACCCUUGGGCCUGUGCACCCUGGCCGUCUGCCCUUGGUCCCCAGCCGGCCAUGCCCUCACCCGCGCCUCCCACCGAGCUGCUGCCGUGGGAGCGCGCGGUGGUGCUGCUGUCGUGUGCGCUGUCAGCUCUGGGCUCGGGCCUCCUGGUGGCCACGCACGCCCUGUGGCCUGACCUGCGUAGCCGGGCGCGGCGCCUGCUGCUCUUCCUGUCGCUAGCGGACCUGCUCUCGGCUGCCUCGUACUUCUACGGAGUGCUGCAGGACUUUGCAGGCACUUCGUGGGAUUGCGUCCUUCAGGGCGCCCUCUCUACUUUCGCCAACACCAGCUCCUUCUUCUGGACGGUGGCCAUCGCCCUCUACCUAUACCUCAGCAUCGUCCGAACUGCGCGCGGGCCCUGCGCGGACCACCUAAUCUGGGCUUUUCACCUCAUCAGCUGGGGUGUCCCGUUGGCCAUCACAGUGGCAGCUGUCUCGCUAAAGAAGAUAGGCUACGAUGCCUCGGAUGUGUCCGUGGGCUGGUGCUGGAUCAACCUGGAGGCCGAGGACCGUGUCCUGUGGAUGCUGCUGACCGGGAAGCUGUGGGAGAUGCUGGCUUAUAUCUUGCUACCUCUGCUGUACCUUUUGGUCAGGAAGCACAUCAACAGGGCGCACCAGGCGCUCUCAGAAUACCGGCCCAUCUGUGAGGGGCGCCGGCUGCGGCGAGGCUCCACCGCCUCCAUGGCUGAUAAGAAGCUGGUCCUCAUUCCGCUCAUAUUCAUCUGCCUCCGGGUCUGGAGCACCGUCCGCUUUGUCCUGACCCUCUGUGGCUCCCCGGCUGUGCAGACGCCCGUGCUGGUUGUUCUACACGGCAUUGGAAACACCUUCCAGGGAGGGGCCAACUGCAUCAUGUUCGUCCUGUGCACCCGGGCCGUGCGCUCCAGGCUCUUCUCUCUCUGCUGCUGCUACCCAAGGCCCUCCACCCAGAGCCCUCCUGGGGCUCCUGCUCCCCCCAAGAUGGGAGAAUCUCAGGAAUCCAGACGGACCCCAGAAGAGCCCAGCACUUGAACGGUCAGUCGGCUUUCCUCACAGUCCGCGCUGGUGCUGUCUUCCUGGUUCCUGCGACAGGAUUCGGGGACGAGCACACUGGAAGCCUCGCCGAAGCGGAGGGACAGCCGUCAGGGUGGCCCCUUCUACCUCCCAGACUCUCAGGCAGGCCGUGCGUUUCUUGCACACUCAUGUCCUGGUUCAGCGGGAUUUGUUUUUCUAAGCACAAAGACGCAAGACUCGGCUAUGCAGGAUGCCGCCAGGGCACUGGUUCUCGGUGUCCCCGGACACCAGCGCUGUUUACAGUCCGAGGGACCCAUAUCUGUGGUCCCAUCCCAGGCAUGACUGAAUAAUGAACACCGUCUUGGAUCCUAGACAUCACAGUAUGGAGUCUGGAUUUGCCGGGGUGUUGAGAGUCCCUAGAAACCCUGGGGGUGAUUAGUAAUGCUGGCCAGCUGAGGGUAAUAUCCUUAAACUAGGUCCCAAGUCCACCAAAGUCACAAGAGACUGCCAGCAUUGAUCAAAACCACCCAGGCACACACUCAUGGCAUCUCACGACGUCAUCGCCCCUCAAUGUUUAUUACGUCUGAAUUUCAGCGCAAACCAGAGUCCAGAGUCCUGUCCACCAGCCAUCACUUAGCAUCCAUGUCCCCUCCCAGUCCCAGAGCAGAAGACAGCUCUGCUACGGUCCCUGUGGACAAUACACUAGUCUACCUGCUGUUCCCACAGAGCCCUGUCCUUACCGUGAUUCGUGCCGGGGUGCGGUGGGGAGGGGCUCGGGCUCUGGUUCUGCACUCUGGCUAGGAAAGGUGAUCAUCGAAUGAAUCUGAUUCCACCCCGAAGGUAGAUGUUUUGAGAUUCAGCCUUGGGCUAGCCUACAGCUCAGGGUAGUUUGCAGGCUGGUCCUAGCUCCCCGAAUACUUAAAAGGCUUAAGCACUUAAAAGUGUUUUGUUUUGUAGUUAUCUGCGGGAAUAUAGAAAAAGGAUUGUGUGAUGAUUACAUUUUAUUUUAUUUUUUUGAGACAGGGUCUCAUGUGGACAUGCUGGCCUGGAACUUGUUAUGUAGAUCAGGCUGGCCUCAAACUCACAGAGAUCCACCUGCCUCUGCCUCCUGAUAAUGACAUGUUUUAAAACUGUUUUGUUUUGUUGUGCUGUGCCUGGUAAUCAGGUGCUGGGACUCACUCUGUAGACCAGGCUUGCCUCCAACUCAGAAAUCCCCCUGCCUCUGCCUCCCAAGUGCUGGGAUUAAAGGCGUGCACCACCACUGCCCUGCUUUUCUUCCCCUUUUAAGACAUAACCUCACUAAGUUGCCUAGACUGGCUUCAACUCCCCAAUGACCAGGCUGGUCUUGAACUUGAGAUUUUCCUACCUCAACUUCCCAUGAAGCUAGGAUUGUAGCCUAGAGUGGGGUUUCACUGAGAUCUGCAUCUCUUUCUACCCACACAUCCCUCUUUUCAGAAAGCAGUGUGUGUUGACUUGCAGACUCUUGGUGCAGGAAGUAUGCAGUCAAGGUGAGGUAGCGUCCUUGGAUUCUGUCAAUACCCUGCAAAACCAAGAGGAUGCUCGGAGCCUGAUAAUACAGUAAAAUUAAAGAGUCAUGCAGGGGGCAGGAGGGGCGUCAUUCUCUUCUCUAUCAGAGGGCUGUGUCUGUGUGCUCCUUUUCUGGUUUCCUAAAGCAUUGCUUUAGGAAAAUCUAUAAGAGGUGGCUUCCCUUCUGGGAGUCAAAGCUCCUUGGCUUGGCUUGGUAGUCGGUCUGCUUACAAAACCAGCCUGUGUAGGGUGGAGCUGAGAUCCUGUGAAGAUAUUACAGCCACUGGGUGCGCUGUCAGCGUGCAGUGGUCAUGAUGCCCUGGCUUCUAAAAUGGAACAGAAAUUCUAGGAAUUUGUUUCCUGUAGAGGAGAAAAUAAGCUACAAAAUACCACAGAGGAAAUGAUGUUGGGAUAAAGCAGCUAGACAGGGAAGUGUGGAGCCCUGGCUGUUUGGGGCCUUGCUCAAGGAAAGGCUUGCAGAGGGGCUUCAGAAAUCCCUGGUCCUGGAGCCUGCGGUUUACCCAAGCUUUCUAUUUGAUGGUUGCUGCCACUGGCCAGGUUUGCUGCCCAUAACACCCUCUACAAAGUCUUCACUCGGCUUUUUCCUUCGGUUCCCCACAACGCCCUGUCACCGAAGGUGGCUGCUGGUGACCCGGGGCUCGGUGCCUGGCCUCUAGCCCUAUGAGCUCACAGACAUCACGUGUAGCUCAGUCAGUAGCCAAGUGGGUCUUCUGGGAGCCCAGGGUUCAGAACUUAAGAGGAAAGAAAGAAUCCUCAGGCCAGGUGGAGGCGUAGAGCCUGUGAGGCCACCGGCUCCCCAUCGCUUUGCUCAGCCUGGUGGGUUCCCAUCUCUACAGGGCAGUGUUAUUAAUAUCUAUCUGUCCGUGUCCCUCAGUCACCCAAACGUGACCUCAGCCUUAAUGGGUGCUACAGCCUUUGCCAUGCACUCCCAUCUCCCCCCCCUUCUUAAGCACUUUGUGAAUCUUGUUCUGCUAAUCUGUCGCCAGCUGCUUCCUGCUCCUGACUUUCUGUGUGUGUGUGUGUGUGUGUGUGUGUGUGUGUGUGUGUGUGUGACAUUAUGUCCUAGCACUUAGAUAUUUUCCCAUUCUGUUUUUAUUUUGUAUUUAAAGUUUUGAAACAAAGGGUUCUCACUACUUGUCCAGGUAGCACUUAAACUGUUUUACUGUUUCUGGGAUUACAGACCUCUGCCACCCCAGCCUGCUUUUAAAAGCAUUUUAGUUUGUUUGCUCUCUCUCUUUCCCUCUCCCUCUCCCUCUCUGAAAAUAAAAAUAAAAAUUAUUAUGUGUCCGAAGUUCAGAGUACAAACGGGACCGUAUGUCUUUGUUUUUACUUGUGCGGGUUUUUUGCAUGUGUAAGUGCACCUUAGUGUGUGUGCAGUGCCCUUAGAGGCCAGAGGGACUCUGAUCCCCUGGAACUAGAGUCACAAAUAGCUGUGAGCUCUGGGUAACAGGAACUAAACCCGGGUUUGCAAGAAUAGCCAGUGCUCUUACCUGUUGAGCCAGCUCUCCAGCCCCCCCUGCAAAUGUUUUGUGUGAACUCACGGUUGUGGCAUAAUUAAACCUGGCAUGAGAUUUUUUGGAAGUGUGAUAUUGACUCUCGGUGAAAGCCCAACCUCUUGCUGUUUUAAAUUAAACGAAUCAGUCAUUCCCCCGUUCCACCCCCUGCCCCGUGUUUGCUGAGCUAAGCUGACUCCACACCAAUGUGGGAAGGGGGUGAGUGAGGCCAGUCCGGCUGGCCUGGGUGUGGCUGAGGCCUGGAGAACCUUCUUUUAAGGGUAUAAUCACUGGCUGCGUGCUUAGGUUUUGCCAGCAGAUACUUGAGAAGGUGCAGGAACCUGCUUUGAUUGGCUGCAGCAACCCCGCCGCCACCACCUUGUCUAGCUUCUGUCCUUAAGUCCCAGGUCAGUUACAGUCUGUAACCCUGAAGUUACAGCGCUCUCCAGUCACAGCCUUUCACCGUUAGCAGUUGGUUCUCAUACACUGUGUCUCCCACCCUCCCUGACUCUCCAUGACCCUCCCUGACUCUCCAUGACCCUCCCUGGCUCUCCGUGACCCUCUGUGACCCUCCACAACCUUGCAUGACCCUCAGUGACCCCCUGUGACCCUCCUGGCCCUCCCUGACCCUCUGUGACCCUCCACAACUUUGCAUGACCAUCUCUGACCCUCCGUGACCCUCCCUGGCUCUCCCUGACCCUCUGUAACCUUGCAUGACCCUCCGUGACCCUCCCUGGAUCUCCAUGAUCCUCUGUGACCCUCUGCAACCUUGCAUGACCCUCAGUGACCCCCUGUGACCCUCCUGGCCCUCCCUGACCCUCUGUGACCCUCCACAACUUUGCAUGACCAUCUCUGACCCUCCGUGACCCUCCCUGGCUCUCCCUGACCCUCUGUAACCUUGCAUGACCCUCCGUGACCCUCCCUGGAUCUCCAUGAUCCUCUGUGACCCUCUGCAACCUUGCAUGAGCCUCUGUGACUCUCCAUGACCCUCCCUGGACCUCCCUGACCCUCCCUAGCUCUCCAUGACCCUCCCUGACUCUCCAUGAUCCUCUGUGACUCUCCACAACCUUGCACGACCCUCUGUGACCCUCCCUGGCCCUCUGUGACCCUCCCUGUCUCUCCCUGACCCUCUGUGACCCUCCCUGACCCUCUGUGACCCCCCCUGACCCUCUGUGACCCUCCCUGGCCCUCCACAGCACUCCAUUCUCACUGACUGCCAUACCUCUCUCCCUUUCCAUCCAUCCUUCUCCUGCCUCACCUGACUGCCAACCUCACUCUGAGCACUAGCUCCUCUCUUCUUCUCCUGCAGCACCCCAGCUCCAUCAGGACCAUGGGUCUGAACCUCAGCCUCUCACUGCUGGGGUCACAGGCCCCCACAGUGACGUAGGAUCCACGUAUCCAGUGCCUGGAUGUGGCGUGCCAGGCCUCCCUGACCUGGUGCUUUUCCCUGUCUCCCAAGCUGUCUCUAACCUUCUCCCUGCAGGAAAGGUAGCUUGCUGCUCCCCGGUGUCCCCGUGCUUCGUGACCUCUUUCUGCCCUUACCCAGUGGACACCCAGCAGAUGACUUUUUGUGCCCACAGAUUCCCCAGCAGAGCUGGAAGUCAUUUUCUUCUAGGACCGUGUGUUCCAGGGAUCAGCUCAGUGUGCACCUGUAACCUAGUUUCAUCUCCACAGCUGUAAUAAAAAGUCCUGACAAAAAGCAAUUUGGAGGCUGAGCCUGGUGGCUCACACUUCUAAUCCCCAUGCUUGAGUGGUAGAGGCAGGCAGAUCUCUGAGGGUCCAAGACCAGUCUUAGGAGAGAGUCUCAGGUAAGCCAGGGCUACAUGGUAUCUCAAAAAAACAACAAAAAGCAAUUUAGGGAAAAGAUUUGCUUUAACUUACCAAUGCAUGUUCCAUAUAGUCCAUCAUUUUUUGUUGUUGUUGUUGUUGUUUUUUCGAGACAGGGUUUCUCUGUGUAGCCCUGGAUGUCCUGGAACUCACUCUGUAGACCAGGCUAGCCUCGAACUCAAGAAAUCCACCUGCCUCUGCCUCCCAAGUGCUGGGAUUAAAGGUGUGCACCACCACCACCGCCAGGCUAUAGUCCAUCAUUUUAAGAAACAGUUGCAAAACCUCAAAGCAGUUGGUCACAUCACAUCCACAGCAAAGAACAGAGUAACAAACGCAUGAAUAACCUUAGAUAACCCAGGGUCCAAACCUGAUGAUGCUACUGCUCACUCCCAGGCUGGGACUUCCUACAUCCUUCAGGCAAGAAAAACAAUUUCCCACAAACGUGCUGUAUUGGUCAGGGUUCUGUAGAGUCACAGAACUUAUGUCUCUGUAUUUGAAGGGAAGUUGUUGGAAUGAUUGACAGCCUGCAGUCCAACUAAGCCACAAUGUGCAGCUGAGAGUGGGAAGUCCGAGAAUCUAGUGGUUGCUCCGUCCCACAAGGCUGGGCUUUUAGGUGGUCUUUAUCCUGAAGAAGUGGGCUCCAAUAGAUGUGCUGGCAAGUAAUCAAAAGCAGGCAAGGAGAAGCCUUCCUUCUUCCGUUGUCCUUAUGUGGACCUCCAGCAGAAGGUGUGACCCAGAUACCACACCUUCUGUGUGACCACCACACCUGGGCCUAAGCUGUUCUUUCCUUGGGACUUGCUCUGUCCAAGGCUGGCCUUGAACUCAGAGAUCUGCUCGCCUCUGUCUCCUGGGAUUAAAGGCCUGCACCACCUUAGCUUUGCAUGGCCACCAUGCCUCACAAUCCGGAUCAAAAGCGUGAAUUGUCACGUGUCAAGAUCCGGGUCAGAAGCCUGGGUCUUCCAGCCUCAAGAUCUGGAUCAUAGCUGUGCCCUCCAUUUCUGGAUUGUAGCUCAUUCCAGAUGUGGUCAAGAUGACAACCGGAAACAGCCAUCACGCAUGCUGUCUCCAUAGGUAGAGUUUUCUGAAUAAUUAUGAGCACCAGAGUUUGAGUCCCAAUACCCACUGAAAAAGUAAAGCAUUAUGUGUAUGCCUAGAACCCCAGCAUGAGGGAGGCAGAGAUGGGAGGACCCCUGGGUCUGAUCAGCAGGUCCCAGUGAGAGACCCAUUCUCAAAAGAUGGCACCAGAGGAAUGACACCUGAUGUUGUCCUUUGCCUCCCUAUGCACACAUGUGCACACACGUGCACAUACAAAGAAAGGAGGAACUGGUAGAACUGAGAAGCAGGCGAAGGUAGGGGCUGUGGCCGGCAGAGAGAACUCGCCUUGAGGCACAGCCACAGGGCCCAGGCCACUAGGCCCUUCCUGAUACCUCCAGAGCUUCUCAGCCUUCCUCACGCUGACACUCUGUGCGCAGUCCCCCAUGUCGUCAUCAGCAGCAGCGUUAGCGUCGGCAUUGUGACCUCCAACCAUAAAGUUCUUCUUGUCGCUACUUCAGAACUAAUUUUGGCACUGUUGUGAAUUGUAAUGUGUCUUAGUCAGGGUUUGUAUUCCUGGACAAACGUCAUGGCCAAGAAGCAAGUCUGAAGAUUCCAGUUCUUGCCUGACCCUGCAUGGAAGACGUCCUAGUUGAUGUCAGGCACAGCCUUGGGUGUCAGUGGGGACCCUGAGAGAAAAAUAGGGUUGUUUGUUUGUUUGGUUGGUUGGUUUUGGCUUUUGGUUUUGUUUUUUGGUUUGUUUUUAGAUAAAGUCUCACUAUGUAGCUCUGGCUGGCCUGGAACUCACUAUGUAGACCAGGCUGGCCUUGAACUCAGAUCUGCUCUUCCUGCUUCUGCCUCCUGAGUGCUGGGAUGAAGGGCAGAUGCCACGACACCUGGCUAAUGUAACUUUAUUUUAACAUGUGUUUUUGCCUGCUUAUAGAUCUGUGUUCCACAUGCAUGUCUAGUGCUCUUGGCGGUCCGAAGCAGGGUCAGAUUGCUGGAAUUGGAGUUACAGGAAGUUGUAAGUCACGUGGAUGCUCAGAACUGAGCCUGAGUCCCUGGAUGAGCAGCCAGUGCUCCAACCAACUCCCCAGCCCAAAAAAAUGUAAUUAAUCUACUUUUACAUGUAUGUACAGGUGUUUUGUAUAUGUAUGUCUGCACACCAUUGCAUGUCUGGUGCCCUCAUCAGACAGAAUAAAGCAUCAGAUACUCAGGAACUGGAGUUAUAGAUGGCUGUGAGUCACCACACGGGUGCUGGGAAUUGAACCAGGGUCCUCUGGAAGAACAGCCUGAGCUCUUAACCACUGAACCAUCUCUCCAGCCUAAUAAUGACUCCUGUUGGUGCUCUGUUUAUACAAGCAUGCCUGGCAAUUUCUUAUGCCCAUGCUGCCAGAGAAGGAGCUCCCACCUCUGGCCCUCCCCACAGCGUUUCUUCCUGGCAGAUAGCAGAGGCAAGAGCUUGCCUGGGCUCACUGUGCUAUGGUUUAGUCACCAAAGAUCCGGUGGUUUGCUAGAACAAACUGACAAAGAUUAGUUACAAAAUAGAUAAACUUACGAAAUCCAAAAGGCAGUCAGUGAAAUUACCCACCAGGCCAGCAUAAAUUACAAGCUGUAUGUUUCUUUUUCUAGAGAGAGUAAUAGGAAUGAAAGCAGAUUUCAGGGUGAAAUGGUUGUGGGGAUAGCGUCUUCAGGAGGCAGGAACUAGCGUGUAAACAUCUUACAUCUGGGUUACAUCCAGGACUGGUGUGGGGCGGAAUCUAGGGCUUUGUGUGCUGGGCGAGUGUUCUCUGAGCCACACCCCAGGCCCAGGGCUCAAUUGACUUGGUUUGGGGUUUAGGUUAUUUAACCCUUAGUGGCCCCCAGACUUUAGUGGCUCCCAGACCUUAGUAGCCCCAGAUCUAGAGGCCCUCAGACCUUAGCACAACUGAUUCCAUGAUGGAAGCACCCAUUCAGGCUGUAAGACUCAGCACGUAGACAGUACCACCAGCCAAAAUGAAAACAAAGACCUAAUCUAUCAAAGUC